AUGAUAAAAGUAUUAAAUAAAUUAGUCAAAAAAGACGAAUUUGAGACUGAUGAAGUUUCUAAAAAAGUUACAAUUCAAACUGAUGAGUCAAGUCAAAUUACAAAUGCAGAGAAAGGUAUAGUUAUUGGAAAUAUAAAUGAGCAAGACAUGAGACAUAAUACUUCUAGUAGCUAA